CGCGAACUGUCAAACUUCGCAAGCGCCCUCGUCACGCUCUGUCACGCGCCGCUCAUGGUCACAGGCCGCUCUUGACGUUACACCUCGUUACACUAAUGGUGGCCGACGCCAUCAUGGGCCGGCAUUACCCGCGAACAACUAUGUAUGUUCGAUCGCGCUGAAGAACAAAAUCCGUCUGCCAGAGACAUAACAGCUGAUAUACGAGGUGUCUCCAUGGGCCACUCGGUGGGACCUGAGUGCCGCUCUACUUGACCAUGCCGGGCUUUCUCUCUGUGCUCGACAAGUGUCAAGACCCGUUCGAAGAAGAUCAAGUGCGCCACCGUCUGAUUCAUUCUGCAUCAAUGAACUCUGGUGUCGUCUGGGAUGAUUUUCCGGAUUCCAGGGACGCUGAUGAAACAAGCAAUCAAGAGUCCGACCACAGCGCUCCAAAGCCGUGCUGAUGGGCUCUCGAAUGUAUCGCUGCUCGCUUGUCUCUCUGUGGUCCGCAAUAACAGCAUCUCUUGUGUGCAUGAUCGAGCCGCCCCUUCUCUCCGACACGGACGGACGAAAUCUCCAUGCUCGCAGCACAUCUGGUCAAAUCUGAGCGAUGGGGGACAUACAUACUUCCUCGAACUUUGUUCUCGUUGGAAUCGAAACGAUCCCCGCGGAGAAUCUGUCCAGAAUCGGGGACGCCCGCGUUUGAGAAUGUCGCCUCAUCUCGUAUCGUCUUCCCGACUACAAUCCAAUCGCCCUCCCGUUUGAUGACCACAUGUCGAGGCCUGUGAUCUGUCAACGCCCAGGGAGAACAUCGAAAGAAGCCCUGCCGUCUGAUCCGUGUCUGACUUUCGACCCCAGUAGGAGCCAGUGGGUGGUGUCCAGCUUCCUACUGGGCACGACCAUCAGAUCUCGAGAUGCAAGGUCGACUUGCACAUUCUUGCGGCUCCCAUACAUCACUUCUUGGGUCCGACGAUCGUGAAAUGACCUCGCUAGAUACUCUGCGGGGAUGUUUUGUCUUGCACUUCCUGAUGGCCUUCCAUUCUUGUCAUGCCUUUGUCUGGAAAAGGGAACACAUCUCGCAGGGCCUCGAGUGCUAUUCUACGGGAUAUUGGAUCUGAGCUCCAUUGUAUGUGCCCCUGGUGAGGACAUCCUUCUUCGAGUGAGCAUGUGUAGAACUGAAUGAAUCCAAUACCGUCCCUUGAUGGUAUCCGGUAUCUGGCGAUUGGCGCAGCUUGCUCGUCUCUUGAGGGAGUGCAUCUCGCCCAAAUUUUACCGACGCGGAGGACAGGCCGCGUCGUGAGAUUGACGCGUGUGCCUUGAGACACAGCCGGAGUGUUGCCGACUAUUCUAAGCAUUGAGCUGAGUGGCUACUGUGCGGAGACUUGCUGGCCGGUCAGUCAUUGAAGCCGCAUGGAUCCAGUGCAGCGACUGGCGGCCGAGAGAAUCUCGGACCCAUGAAUUCCAAGCGACGAUUCGACAUUGAGUUUCACCAGGCAGAUAUGUACGGCUUUAAUUACGCGACCCUCCCGCUCUUCCAGAGCCCAAAUUUUGUAUUCAGCACCCACGGUCGUUCGCUCAAAUAUUUGUAGGGCUGGGUAAAAUUAGGAUUCUGGCUUGUAAUUUACGUCUUUUUUGCAGGGGGUCUGUGGUAAAAUACAGAGGGCCUGUAUUUUAUGUAAUUUACUGGCGCCGCCGGCCCGAAUAUAUACUGUAAUUUACUGUAAUUUAAGCCUGUAAAGUAUGUAAUUUUGGUAUAUUUACCACGCAAGGCCCUUGCGUG